CACGAUUGUAAGGCGUCAGCUCAAUUCAACGAAAUUCUUUUCUUUUUGGGUUAUGUGAGCUCUGUCUCUCCUCUUCCUCCUUCCCUCUCAGCUCAUCCCUCUCUAUUCCUUCAAAUCAGGCAGGCCGUGCAUUGCUACCCGCCACCUCUUCAUCGAAAAACAAGGGCGUCCCUUGAACUUCUCCUUCCCCAAAAAUUUCAACCCGAAAGGAGAAAACCCUUUUUGACUAAUAAUGCCAUUGUCCACAACCUGGCCGCGUUUUGGCACCCAAAAUCGCCACUGCUGCUCCGCGGAAACAAUCCCAUCACCCACAUUGGUCGGUCGCCCGGCAACCCUUUUGAUGUUAGUCUCUGAAACUCCUCCGGUUACAUGUGCCCGAAGAGAUGGGAAUGAGAGGGGGAGGGAGCAGAAACGCUUGCUGGGUCUUGCCAUGUUUGCUUCUCCUUGUCGGUGCCCUGUUUCUGGGGCAGGUAAGAUGUGCUAACAAAGACGGCGGGACGCUGCCUCUAGCGACGGAUGUCAUCUACAGCCGGCUCUCCAAUCUCCGCACCGUGUUCACCCCAGACAUUAAGCGGAGUCUGGGGUUCUGCAUUAAGGAUGUGGAAAGGGAGUGGAAUGGCGCAUUCGACUUCGAGGGGAAGCUGGAUUUUUUGACUUCUUGUGUCAAGAAUAGCAAUGGAACCCUUGCAGGCAGAAUAUGUACUGCAGUGGAAAUCAAGUUCUACUUCACCAACUUCUUUGAACGGCACUCUUCCACUACCAACUACUUGAAACCCAACAAGAACUGCAAUUUGACUUCCUGGGUUCCUGGGUGUGAACCGGGGUGGGGUUGCAGUGUCGCAGAGGGGGAUAAGGUCGAUAUUAAUGAAAUGAAAAAUAUGCCAUUGAGGAUCGAGGACUGCCAACCCUGUUGCGAGGGCUUCUUCUGCCCCCCGGGUAUCACUUGUAUGAUACCAUGUCCUCUAGGUUCUUACUGUCCUCUCGCAAAGCUAAACAAGACGACUGGAACGUGUGAUCCAUAUGGCUAUCAGAUACCACCUGGUCAGCAAAAUCAUGGCUGUGGUGGGGCUGAUAUCUGGGCAGAUGCUACAAAUAGCAGCGAGUUAUUUUGUUCUGCGGGAUCAUACUGUCCAACUACCACAGAGAAAAUUGCUUGCAGUAGUGGACACUACUGCAGGAAGGGGUUCAUUUCUGAAAGACCUUGCUUCAAGUUGUCAACAUGUUCCAAGGGCACUGCCACUCAAAAUAUUCAUGCCUAUGGGAUUAUGCUUAUUGUGGGCGUAAGUACACUAUUGAUCAUCAUAUACAACUGUUCAGAUCAAGUCCUGACUACUCGUGAAAAGAGGAAAGCCAAAUCAAGGGAAGCUGCAGCAAGGCAUGCUAGAGAAACUGCUCAGGCUCGAGAAAGAUGGAAAUCUGCUAAGGAUGUUGCAAAAAAACAUGCUUUUGGACUCCAACAGCAAUUUUCCCGAACAUUUUCCCGCAGAAAAUCAAUGAAGCAGCCCGAGCAUCAGUUGAAGAUCUUCGGCCAAUCGAAAAAUGCAUCAGAAACCUCGUCACUGGGAUCUGCUUUCUCGAAUUUGACCAAAAAUUCUGAGCUACCACCAAAGGGCAAGGGCAAGGAACCAAGCAACCUCACAAAGAUGAUUAAGGAAAUCGAUGAUGACCCGAACAGCGAGGAGGGGUUUCAUUUGAAUAUUGGCGAUAAGCACAUAAAGAAGCAGCAGAUGCUGAAGGGAAAGCAGCUGCACACGAAGAGUCAAAUUUUCAAGUACGCCUAUGGACAAAUCGAGAAGGAGAAGGCUAUGCAGCAGCAAAACAAGAACCUGACCUUCUCGGGAGUGAUUUCCAUGGCCACUGAUGAUGAGACCCGGAAGAGGCCUGUUAUCGAGGUAGCUUUCAAGGACCUGACGCUCACCCUCAAAGGGAAGAACAAGCAUUUGCUUAGGAGUGUGACAGGGAAAAUCAGCCCAGGGCGGGUUUCUGCAGUCAUGGGCCCAUCUGGUGCCGGGAAGACUACGUUUCUCUCUGCACUUGCAGGAAAAGCCACUGGGUGUAGUAUCUCGGGUAUGAUUCUCAUCAAUGGGAAGGACGAGUCCAUCCUGUCGUACAAGAAGAUUAUUGGAUUUGUUCCACAGGAUGAUAUAGUUCAUGGGAACUUGACCGUUGAGGAGAACUUACGGUUCAGUGCAAGGUGCAGGCUAGCCGCUGACUUGCCGAAAGCCGACAAAGUCUUGAUCAUUGAAAGAGUUAUAGAGUCCCUAGGACUGCAGGCAGUGAGAGAUUCUCUGGUAGGGACAGUGGAGAAGCGAGGAAUUUCAGGAGGUCAGAGGAAACGUGUAAACGUUGGGCUAGAGAUGGUCAUGGAACCUUCAUUGCUGAUAUUAGAUGAGCCAACAUCGGGAUUAGAUAGCUCCUCAUCCCUGUUACUUCUUAGAGCACUACGACGCGAAGCUCUUGAAGGAGUGAACAUUUGCAUGGUCGUUCACCAACCAAGCUAUUCGCUAUUCAAGAUGUUCGACGACUUAAUUCUCCUUGCAAAAGGCGGUCUGAUAGCAUACCAUGGAUCUGUUAAGAAAGUGGAGGAAUACUUUUCCACUCUUGGUAUCGAUGUUCCGGAGCGUGUGAACCCUCCAGAUCACUUCAUUGACAUCUUAGAGGGGAUUGUUAAACCGCCAGAAGGUCUCACCAUUGAACAGCUUCCUGUGAGAUGGAUGCUCCACAAUGGGUACCCUGUCCCACCUGACAUGCUGAAACUUAUUGAUGGACUUGCUGCCCCUUCAACCUCAGGCUUGAACAAGACAGGUGCGCCUGAUGGCACAGCCAUAGAUCAGUCAUUCGCAGGAGAUCUAUGGCAGGACAUGGUGUCCAAUGUGAAGGUGAAGCAGGACCACAUACAACACAAUUUCAUGUCUUCUAAGGACUUGUCGGACAGGAUAACUCCAGGGGUGCUUCGGCAGUAUAGAUAUUACCUUGGAAGGGUUGGUAAGCAGCGACUACGAGAAGCUAAGAUUCAAGCAGUGGAUUAUCUUAUUCUCUUACUUGCUGGAGCCUGCUUAGGUACUCUUGCCAAAGUGAACGAUGAAACAUUCGGGGUCUUGGGGUACACUUAUACUGUAAUCGCUGUGUCACUGCUUUGCAAAAUUGCAGCUUUGAGAUCGUUUACUUUAGACAGACUAGAAUACUGUAGAGAGAGCGCGGCAGGCAUAAGCAGCCUUGCUUAUUUCCUCUCCAAAGACACACUUGACCAUUUCAAUACGAUUGUGAAGCCGCUGGUCUAUCUCUCCAUGUUCUACUUCUUUAGCAACCCUCGGUCCUCCUUCACCGACAACUAUGUUGUUCUACUCUGCCUUGUUUACUGCGUGACUGGCAUCGCAUACGUACUUGCAAUUUACUUGGAACCUGGUCCCGCUCAACUGUGGUCAGUUCUUCUUCCAGUAGUGAUGACUCUCAUUGCAACGCAGGAUAGAGAAAACAAUCUUGUGGCUCAUCUUGCAGAUCUAUGCUAUCCUAAAUGGGCUUUGGAAGCUUUCAUCAUUGCAAAUACCGAGAGGUACUCAGGAGUGUGGCUUAUCACUCGCUGUCAGUCACUAAUGGAGAAUGGCUAUGAUCUCAAUGAUUGGACGCUGUGUCUGAUAAUUCUGACCCUCAUGGGUGUAUUAAGUCGUUGCAUAGCUUUCGUGUGCCUGAUGACCAAACAGAAGAAGUGAGUCGAGCUGGGCCUGAUUUUCAUUUUUUUUUUCUAUGUUUUCCUCGCUGAACGGAAAGCAUAAAACCAAGGAAAACAUCACUUCCUCUGCUCUGCUCGGUACGGUUCCUCCUGUAUAUAAUUGCUAGUUGGCGGAUACAAGAAUCGACCAACUUGCCUCGGGCGCUAUCAGUUUUGUACAGGCUCCUGACAGCGUCUUGCCCUGCGUGGCCCUUUUUUUGAGACACAAAACACUCACAGAUUCAGAGCAGAAUUCGAUUGGAAGUGGUCGAUGGAAAGGGAAGCUUGCACGUCAAAUGUUCGGGAUUUUCCUCUUGUGCUAAGUAUGUUCUUCAAACAGUUUUUUUUUUUUUAUCUGAUUCUCAAAGUUUGAUCGAGUGGGGGCUGCUGUAUUAUGGUAGAUAUGUUUUAGUAGGUUUUGAUAGCGAUGGCUCAAUAAUUGCUGAUUUUAUUUAAUCCUCGUUGAUUAAGAAACCAAAGUUUGGUACGUUUUAUAGGAAAAUUUUGCAAUCAAUACCCUUCUCCAUA